UGUCCAAGGAUGGCAGCAAUCGCAACUAGAACGCUCUGCGUACAGCUGUUUCUUUUUAUUGUGAUGCAGUACGUCGGAUUCGUUUUAUCAUUAGACCCCAUUACAUCGCGACUGCAGGAAGACCUGAACGAUGCUUUCUUGCCCAACGUCCGUGAAGCGAUCGAUGACUGUCACCUGAGGUACUAUAAACUUGGAAAAGCUCUGGAUCCUAAACCAGCGUUCGGUAGGCCAGCCUAUUUGCGUGAGUUUGCGCACAUGGCAGCGAUUGGCUGGACUGCGAGUGAUGGCAAAAUCCGUUGGGACUGCGGCGGAUCGUUGAUAUGGGAGAACUACAUACUUACUGCAGCUCAUUGUGCGGCGAAUGAUGACAACACUCCCCCCGAUGUGGUUCGCCUUGGAGAUAUCAACCUAUACGACGACUCUGACGAUCAGUAUGCACAGCAGCUGAAGAUCGUCGAAAUUGUACGUCAUCCUGAGCAUCGAUUUAGCUCACGCUACCAUGAUCUUGCCCUCCUGCGACUGGAAAAGAACGUCACUCUACAUGAUACAGUAGCACCGGGAUGCCUCUGGAACGAUGAGAAUGAAAUACCUUUCCCUACAAUGGAAGCUACUGGUUGGGGAGCAACGGGAUUCGCUGAAAAGUCUACUCCGAUCCUUCUGAAAGUGUCACUCGGAGUAAUCAAAACCGAGGAAUGCAAUAAGUACUAUAAGGUUGGUGAUCGUGGAUUGAAGCAAGGACUCACGAACUACCAUUUAUGUGCCGGUGAUGUCAAAAUGGAUACUUGUCCCGGAGACUCCGGUGGGCCCCUGCAAAUGAAGCUGCUGCACAAUGGCAAGAUGACUCCAUUCGUUGUGGCCGUUACUUCGUUUGGGAGUAUAUGCGGUCAAUCGAUUCCAGGCGUUUACAUGAAGGUAGCACAUUAUAUUCCCUGGAUAAGUGCAGAGCUUGCGAAACGUGGAGAGAUCAUAAAAGAUUGGAGUUUCAAGCCCUAUGCUUGCGCACUACGUUACGUCCGUCUGAGAGAGUAUGAAGACGAUGUUAUAAAAAAAGACUCGAGUACCUUGGAAGGUGUGGACUCCAGCAAGGCGCAUAUGGACAUACGUAAUUCGACUCAAACUGUCUCGAUUCACUGGCCAGUUGGAAGCCCGUCUGUACCCAAAAACUGUAACGGGGUAGUGAUUGAUGAGGACACCGUAGUUACACUGGCCCGUUGCGCCAUCGCUGGAAGAAUCCAACCUUCACACAUCAUGCUUAAGGACACUCGGAACGAUAUCGUUCGUGUUCACCGGCAUCCUGGUUACAGACCAAACUCCUUCUACAAUGACAUCGCGGUUUUAAAAGUAAAGGAUAGGUUCAAAUUCUCCACUGAUUUCGUACCGGCGUGUAUUUGGAGUGCGUAUAAGCUACCCGAUCUACAGUUCUACGUUACUGGACAAGGCCGUUAUGAUUUGAAUCAAUUUGAUUAUCCCUUUAAUCCUACAAUCAACAUUGACCCAACAAUCGUUCAGCUAUCACCUAGGGCCAAUAUCGUGGUCAACGAAACAUGCUCAGUACCAGAGGAAUACCAUAGCGGACUUAGCCGUGGUGUAACAACGGAGCAUCUGUGUUUUCGAAAUAAGCCCUUCUUAGUGCCGGACUCUUGUGAAAUGUUAUACGGAGCACCACUGAGACGAAACAUUUGGCGGUUGGGACGUCACUUCGAGCACAUCUAUGCGCUGAAUCUAUUGGGCAAAGACUGUGGUUUUGGCCGAGCGGCACUUGGGACCCGAUUCGGCUAUCACUCCGAAUGGCUCAAGUCGGUGUUACUACCUAACUAUCGUACAAAAAUGGACACGGUUCAGUUACUGAAUAAGAAACUGGGUAACUUUGCCCAUUGCACGGGAACAGAUGGAAGUACCGGUCUGUGCGUAAGCAUUGCUCGAUGUCCAAUAGUACGCUAUGAUGUGCAAGCGAAUCGUAGUGUUCAGUUGUGCAAUGGCAAAGACAUUGUGUGCUGUCCAUAUGAUAACAUACGAAAUGUAACGAGAGUAAGCAUUGCGGCCUCUGAGUUGGAUGAUUGUGAAAGCCGCUACAAACAGUUCCACGAAUUGUAUGAACCAUAUCAACCAAAUAUUAAUAUCAAUACAGGAUAUCAAUAUUACCAUACGGUAUACUUCGGAUGGCAAACCAAGGAUGGCAGGAUGAAAUGGAAAUGCUCUGGUACACUGAUCACUCGCAGUGUCGUUGUAACUACUGCUUAUUGCCUGUUGGCAAAUGGUACUAUCCCGACGGUGGUAAAUAUCCCUGAGGCUAGUCCCAAUGCUACUUUGGGGCUCCCGAAGCCUAUUAGUAUUAAGGAGGUGAUCAUCCAUCCGGGCUACAAUGCAAGUGCUCUUCAGAACAAUAUUGGUCUGGUGCGCUUGGAGCAACCAAUCGUUCCGACGGCGCGUAAAUACCCGAUCUGUUUGUGGCAGAACGAGACGCACACACCACUUCAGCUGUACCGGAAAGUGGUAGACGUGUCAAGUGAACACAUUGAAAGGAACUUUCCCAAGUACAACUCCGAUUGUACACAAGAUCUACGUCAGCUUGGUAGACGGGAUCUUCAGUGGAACGAACUGUGCACCGACAUCGACGGUAUACCACUACGCAGUAUUUCCGGAGGAACACUCGUCUGGUAUCACAGAAACCCAAAGGACAACUCUACAACCCACUAUCUGGUAGGUAUUGUUAGUUCUGAUGUGCCGGCCAAACAACUGGGAAUACACGUUAGAAUCUCAUCCUUUAUCGGGUGGAUCAAGAGUAUCGUAUAGCAAUAAUAGUCUGC